AAGGAGAAGAAGAAGGAGAAGAAGAAGAAGGAGGAGGAAAGUUUGUGUGUGUUUUGUUUUUGGAUAAUUGAGUGUGGUCGAUAAUCUAGACUAGCGCUGGGAUUAACAAUCAUUUAAACUGGAGCAUGGCUGGUGAGUGGGGCUGGAGACGCUGGCGCAGGCUCUCCACGGCUCCUCCAUGCUAGCUGAGGCGGGCGGCUCCGUUCCCCAUGGCUCUAUGAGGAGCAGCAGCGACAUCAACCGCGACAGCAGCAGCAGCAGCAGCAGCAGCAACAACCCGGACUCGUCGAUCUUCUUCUCCAAGAUGGAAGACGUGGUCAUCCCGUUCUCGUCGGAGGUUCCCUGCGACAACAAUGGCCAGCGCAUGUGGUGGGCUUUCCUCGCCUCGUCCAUGGUGACGUUCUUCGGGGGUCUCUUCAUCAUCCUGCUGUGGAGGACACUCAAGUAUCUGUGGACUGUCUGCUGCCACUGCAACAUCAAGCCCAAGGAGGCUCAGAAGGUGAUCAACCCCGCCAACAAUCAGGCAGCAGACAAGACGGGAAAGGGUCCUGAUGAGAAGGAGGAGGCAGUUCCAGUCAGCGAGGUGGGAUGGAUGACUUCGGUCAAAGACUGGGCCGGCGUCAUGAUCUCGGCUCAGACGCUCACUGGCAGAGUUCUGGUGGUCUUAGUCUUUGCUCUCAGCAUCGGGGCCCUCGGAAUAUACUUCAUCGACUCCUCAGAUCCUAUAGAAUCCUGUCAGAACUUCUACAAAGAUUUCACGUUACAGAUCGACAUGGCCUUCAACGUAUUCUUCCUCCUCUACUUUGGCCUGCGGUUUAUAGCAGCCAACGAUAAGCUGUGGUUCUGGCUGGAGGUCAACUCUGUGGUCGACUUCUUCACCGUUCCUCCCGUGUUUGUGUCCGUCUACUUAAACAGAAGCUGGCUCGGUCUCAGGUUCUUGAGAGCGCUCAGAUUGAUACAGUUCUCGGAAAUCUUGCAGUUUCUGAAUAUCUUGAAAACAAGCAAUUCCAUAAAGCUGGUAAACCUGUGUUCCAUCUUCAUCAGCACAUGGCUCACAGCUGCUGGAUUCAUACAUUUGGUGGAAAACUCAGGGGAUCCUUGGGAAAACUUCCAAAAUUCCCAGUCCCUUUCCUACUGGGAGUGUGUGUACUUACUGAUGGUGACCAUGUCCACAGUGGGAUACGGGGACGUCUAUGCAAAAACCACCCUGGGUCGACUCUUCAUGGUCUUCUUCAUCCUCGGCGGUUUGGCCAUGUUUGCCAGCUACGUCCCUGAAAUCAUAGAGUUAAUAGGAAACCGCAAGAAAUAUGGUGGUUCCUAUAGUGCGGUUAAUGGGAGAAAGCAUAUUGUGGUCUGUGGUCAUAUUACCCUCGAAAGUGUCUCCAACUUCCUCAAAGACUUCCUACACAAGGACAGGGAUGAUGUCAAUGUAGAAAUUGUGUUUCUCCAUAAUAUUUCCCCUAAUCUUGAGCUGGAAGCCUUGUUCAAACGCCACUUUACACAAGUGGAGUUCUACCAGGGAUCUGUUCUCAACCCUCACGAUCUGGCCAGGGUGAAGAUCGAGUCAGCAGAUGCCUGUUUAAUCCUCGCCAAUAAAUACUGUGCAGAUCCUGACGCUGAAGACGCCUCCAACAUCAUGAGGGUCAUUUCGAUCAAGAACUACCAUCCCAAGAUCAGAAUAAUCACGCAGAUGCUCCAGUAUCACAACAAGGCCCAUCUGCUGAACAUUCCGAGCUGGAACUGGAAGGAGGGUGACGAUGCUAUCUGCCUGGCUGAGCUGAAGGCAGGCUUCAUUGCCCAGAGCUGCCUGGCUCAGGGCCUGUCCACCAUGCUGGCCAACCUCUUCUCCAUGAGGUCCUUCAUCGAGAUUGAGGAGGACACAUGGCAGAAGUAUUAUCUUGAAGGAGUGGCUAAUGAGAUGUACACAGAGUAUUUGUCCAGUGCCUUUGUGGGCCUCUCCUUCCCCACGAUCUGUGAGUUGUGCUACGUGAAGCUGAAGCUGCUGCUCAUUGCCAUCGAGUACAAGUCUGAGCAGAGAGAGAGCAGAAGCCGAAAGCGCAUCCUCAUCAACCCCGGCAACCACGUCAAGAUGCAGGAGGGAACGCUGGGAUUCUUUAUCGCAAGCGACGCCAAAGAAGUCAAGAGAGCUUUUUACUACUGCAAAGCUUGUCACGAUGACAUCACAGACCCUAAGAGGAUCAAGAAGUGUGGCUGCAAAAGACUCAUGGACAACAUUAGACCUUCGUUCAAAAAGCGAUCAGUAAACUCCGCCUCCGCCUGCUCCACGAACCAUUUCCUGGACCCCCCGCUCAGCCCGCCGAGAAACUCUGCCAACGUCCCCCUCGUUAAUAACCGUAAAGGAAGUCUCCUCCCCCUCACGGGGCCACAGCCCACCGCCGCCAACGCUUCGUGGCUCCGCCUCAGUCUGUCCGGCCCCGGAGACCCCGCUGCCGCCGCCGCGUCCAGGUCCCUGUGGGCCGAGAGUCGACUGAGCCGGGCCCGCAGUCUGCCGGUGAAAUACCGCUACCACCCCAGUAAUGCCGUGCUGCUCAGUCACAGUAGGAACUUCGAGGACGAGCACCCGUCGGCGCUGUCGCCCAAGAAGAAGCAGCGCAACGGAGGGAUGCGGAACUCGCCCAACUGCUCGCCCAAGAUGAUGAGUCGACACGACCCACUUCAAAUUCCUGGGAACGAAAAUAUGGAGAACAUGGACAUGAACGUGAAGAGGUAUGAUUCGACAGGAAUGUUUCACUGGUGCCCGUCAAAGGACAUCGAAAAGGUCAUCCUGACUCGGAGUGAGGCGUCCAUGACGGUGCUGAGCGGCCAUGUGGUGGUCUGUAUAUUUGGGGAUGUCACGUCCGCUUUAGUGGGGCUGCGAAACCUGGUGAUGCCUUUAAGAGCCAGUAACUUCCAUUACCACGAGCUGAAGCCCAUAGUGUUUGUGGGCUCGCUGGACUAUCUGCGGAGAGAGUGGGAAACUUUACACAACUUUCCUAAGGUCUCCAUCUUACCCGGUACGCCAUUAAGUCGGGCAGAUUUAAGGGCUGUCAACAUCAACCUCUGUGACAUGUGUGUAAUACUGUCGGCCAAUCAGAACAAUAUCGAAGAUACCUCGCUGCAGGAUAAGGAAUGCAUCUUGGCAUCACUCAACAUCAAAUCUAUGCAGUUUGAUGACAGCAUCGGGGUCUUGCAGGCUAAUUCCCAAGGUUUCACGCCUCCUGGAAUGGACAGGUCAUCUCCAGACAGCAGUCCAGUACAUGGCUUCGUGCGCCAGGCGUCCGUCACCACCGGCUCCAACAUCCCCAUCAUCACAGAACUAGUGAACGACUCAAACGUUCAGUUCCUGGACCAAGACGAUGAUGACGAUCCGGACACUGAGCUGUACCUCACUCAACCCUUCGCCUGCGGCACCGCCUUCGCUGUCAGUGUCCUCGACUCAUUGAUGAGUGCGACGUAUUUCAACGACAACAUUCUCACACUGAUUCGGACGCUGGUCACAGGAGGAGCCACGCCAGAGCUGGAGGCCCUGCUGGCGGAGGAGAACGCGCUGAGAGGAGGUUACAGUACACCGCAGACACUGGCCAACAGAGACAGGUGUCGUGUGGCACAGCUCGCCCUCUACGAUGGGCCUUUCGCUGACUUGGGGGAUGGCGGCUGCUACGGGGACUUAUUCUGUAAAGCUCUGAAGACGUACAACAUGUUGUGCUUUGGAAUCUACAGAUUAAGAGAUGCUCAUCUCAGUUCUCCGAGCCAGUGUACAAAACGAUAUGUGAUCACAAACCCACCGUACGAGUUCGAGCUAGUGCCCACAGACCUGAUCUUCUGCCUCAUGCAGUUUGACCACAACGCAGGCCAAUCGCGGACAAGCCUGUCCCACUCUUCCCACUCCUCCCAUUCCUCCAGCAAAAAGAGCUCCUCCGUCCACUCCAUCCCGCCCUCCAACCGGCAGAACCGCAGCAGUAAGACCCGGGAGACCCGUGAUAAACACAAUGCAACAAGGAUGAAUAGAAUGGGCCAAGAAAAGAAAUGGUUUACAGAUGAACCAGAAAAUGCCUAUCCACGGAACAUUCAGAUCAAGCCCAUGAGCACUCACAUGGCCAACCAAGUCAACCAAUACAAAUCCACCAGUAGUUUGAUUCCCCCAAUCAGAGAAGUUGAGGACGAAUGCUGAGCACGUUUGACACCUCACCAGCAGGGGAGGGACAACGAUGAUGAUGAUGAUGAUGAUGGUGAAGAUCUAGAUUUCUCUUCUUCUACACGGGUUUGGCAGGAACCCAGGGACUGGACGGGACUGUUCUUAUGUGUAUACCUUUAAUGUUAACUUCCAUUCUCUUGGACAUUGUUUUAUGUAUUAAUGUAUCCAUAGAGAUGUACAUAAUGACAAUCAAAAUAAGGAUUGUACAGCCCCCCCUCCCCCCUCUUAGCACUUUUUUUGGAAUUAUUUUAAGAGUUGAGAGAAGAAGACGAAGAAGACAAAAAAAGAAGAAAAAAAGUACUUCCUGUAAUUCUUUGCAAUAGUUUAACAUCUUCUUUUCGUGUGACCGGACUCCAUGUUCUACGACGCCGGAUCACUGGUUGUUGGAGGAGGAGGGUUGAAAGGUCGGGAGAACCUGAUCAUAUCAUCUUCCCAAAGAUCUGCCCGGAUGUCCACGUGGACACGUCAUACGCUCUGCUUCUGUUCUAUUUGCACUAAAACUGAGAAAAAAAAAGAGAAGUUUCUUUUGAUGGAACUGAAACCAUCCGAACCCCCCCCCCCCC